ACGAAGCAAUUAGGCAUGAAGCAUCCAAUUCCAAACGCUUCAAUUUUCUCACUGUUUCUUCUCCUGAUUUCAACUCCAUGGGCACAUCCUCUAGCUUCAUUACAAGAAGAUUUCAGCCAAUGCCUCUCGGAAAAAUCUGAGAUUUCAAUCCCAUUCUCCACGGCCUUGAUCACCCCCAACAAUUCUACAUUCCUCCCAUUCCUACAAUCCUCAGCACAAAAUCUUAGGUACUUGGUCCCUACAGCGCCAAAGCCUCAGUUUAUCUUCACACCAUUGCAUGAUUCCCACGUCCAAGCUGCUGUCAUUUGCUCAAAGCAGCUUGGAAUCCACCUCAGAGUCAGAAGUGGAGGCCAUGAUUAUGAGGCCGCCUCUUAUGUCUCCCAAAUCGAAACGCCUUUCGUCGUUGUAGACCUGGCCAAGCUUCGAUCAGUCAUCGUUGAUAUCCAAGAUAACAGUACAUGGGCUCAAGCUGGUGCCUCCAUUGGUGAGGUUUACUACAGAAUUGCAGAGAAGAGCAAAACACAUGGCUUCCCUGCCGGGCUUUGCACGAGUCUAGGCGUUGGUGGGCACAUAACCGGAGGUGCAUAUGGCUCCAUGAUGAGAAAAUAUGGCCUUGGAGCCGACAAUGUCAUCGAUGCAAAAAUCGUUGACGUGAGUGGGAGAGUUCUCGAUAGAGCAGCAAUGGGAGAAGACCUUUUUUGGGCAAUCAGAGGAGGAGGAGGAGGAAGCUUUGGAAUCAUUCUCUGGUGGAAGAUAAAGCUGGUUCCCGUUCCGGAAACCGUCACAGUUUUUACUGUUCCUAAAACCUUGGAAACAGGCGCUACAAAAGUCCUACAUAAAUGGCAACAAGUAGCUGCCACUGAGCUCGAUGAAGAUCUCUUCAUGAGAGUCGUCAUACAAGUGUCAGAAGGUAGCAAAACUGGCAAUAAAACUGUCACAACUCUUUACCAAGCCCAAUUCCUUGGAGGUGCUGAUAGAUUGCUUGAUGUUGUUCAAACCAGCUUCCCUGAGUUGGGAUUGACCAAAAAAGAUUGCACAGAAACAAGCUGGCUCAAAUCUGUGAUGUACAUAGCAGGGUACCCAAGUUCGACCCCACCUGAGGUUUUGCUUGAAGGAAAAUCUACGUUCAAGAACUACUUCAAAGCCAAAUCAGAUUUUGUAAAAGACCCAAUUCCUGAAAGUGGGCUUGAAGGGUUUUGGAAGAGGCUGAUGGAGGAAGAGUCUCCUCUAGUAAUUUUAAACCCAUAUGGUGGAAUGAUGGGUAGAAUUUCAGAGAGUGCAAUCCCUUUCCCCCACAGAAAAGUUCUCUUCAAAAUCCAGUACCUGACCACAUGGCAGGAUGAGAAAGAAGAUGAAGGAAAGCACAUGGAUUGGAUCAGAAAGCUUUACAACUACAUGGCCCCUUAUGUCACAAUGUUUCCAAGGCAGGCGUAUGUGAAUUAUAGGGAUCUUGAUUUGGGGGUUAACAAGAAGAGUAACAUAAGCUUCAUUGAGGCAAGUGCUUGGGGGAAUAGGUAUUUCAAGGACAACUUCAACAGGUUGAUUAAAAUUAAGAGCAAAGUUGAUCCUGAUAAUUUCUUCAGGCAUGAACAAAGCAUCCCUCCUCUUCCACUCCCUGCAAGAUCUAGAACUCGAGGCCAUCACCAUACAAAACAGAACAGCUAGAUUAUGGUGUUUGCAGCAUGGUAAGUAAGGAUUUGUUUGGUUUGAUAAGUGUGCUUUGUUGAAGGGACUACUUAGCCAAUUAUACCUGGUAUAGUGAUUUUCACAUCCCGGUUUCUCUAUUUGCACUCGUCUCUUUGCUUCCGCCUGUAGUUAUUUUUUAUUUUGUUCGAUCUAAAAACAAGGAGAGAAAUGCAUAGGAGAAAAAGAAAGUGCGAAAAUCACUUACCAUUCUAUAUAGACUAGAAUAAAGUCAUCGAAGAAGUAUCUUGGUCUCGUGAUCCAACUGUUGUAGAAAAGUGAUGUUAUUGUAACUGAUAUGAGGGUUGCAAUAAUGUGUUUGUAGGAGAUAAUUGAAAUAAAAGUUUCUUUUUAUUUCA